AAAAAUCUUUAUUGACAACAUUUCUAAUAUUACACCGAGAGAAGGGCCUGUUGUUUUGUCCUUGCAGCGAUUUUUUGACUUUGAGAUAACAAAAUAAAAAAUAAAAAAUAAAAAAAUAGCGUGUUGCAACAUUUCCGCAGGGAAACUAUUGUAUUUGAUCUGGAGUUAGCUCAUCGGAUUCAUGGCACCCCGGAUUUUCCCAUUAGUCAAGGUGCUGACAAAGGUGGGCGUGGCUGGAGGUGCCGUGUACGUUGCCUAUGACCAGGGGCUGCUGGGCAGUGGCGAGAAGGGGUCUGAAGUGCUGAGCAAGGCCAAAGCAGCCAUCCCCCCUGCAGUGGACGAGUGGAUGAAGUAUUUUGGCUGGGAGCUUCCUGCGCCCCCCAAAAUCGAAUUCUCACCCUCUCAGGCCUGGAACUCUGGAGUUCAGACCACCAUGUCCGCCCUGUCUGUGGCCCCCUGCAGAGCUCAGGAGUACACCCACCGAGGAUGGCAGUACGUCAAGGACCUGACCAAGUGAGGGAGGCACGCUCCCACCACGCCGGCUUCAGCCCAGACCAGGUUUUCAUUCCAACCCACACAAACUUGCGCCAGGAGUAUCCCUGAAAGUCAAGUGGUCCCAUGGUUCUGUAGUUACUAAGCAACUGUACAUAAAAUAAAUACAUCGUUUAAUGGAAUAGAAACCUGUUCCCCUGAACCAUAGAAACACUUGGUGUUCUGAGUCCAUCAGCCCAUUAAAAAACACACACACAAAUCUUACCAUUGGGCCCAAAAGUAUUUAACUUAUUUAUACCUAGAAAACCUGGAGUGGAAUAAACCUGCAGGACCUGCUCACUUCUGUUCUGCAGUCUCUGAGACUGCGCUCCUGGUUGGAAAUAAUUCCUAUUCCAUAGCAGCGAAAGUCCACUUCAGGUUUUACUGUGAUCUCAAUUAAGGCACACCAGAUCUCCAUUGGGAACAGAUACACAGAAGUGAGCCAAAUUGAGCUCAAAAACUGCUCUGCAACAAAAGCUUCACUUCCAGGGCUGCUGACUUUUCUCCUGCACUUAAAUCUUUCCGUCCUGCUGAAAUGAAAGCCUGGUCUGUUGGGGCUGUCCUGGAGCCUGGAGUCGAGAACGAAUGCCUGGCUCCCCUUUCAUACUGAAAUGAAGACUGUCAUUAUUUGUAAAUACUACUGAUGUAAAGUUUCAUUCCAGUGUUAUCCAUCUUCAGAAAUACAAAGAGGAAUAAAAUCCACUUAAUAUGUGCACGUG